GAAGUUACGACGAACGGCGAUGAACAUACAGUCCCUUUCGGUAAAUACGAUGCAAGUAUGCAAAUCGAAUAAAGAGCAGGCCGUGCGCGAGUUAUUUCAAGUGCGCGAACGAGAGUGACUUUUUAGACGCGAUCGCUCGAGGUUUCGGUGACGACGUGAAAAAUGUGAGCUUCGAACGGGCAGCGGGGAUAAAUUCAUUAAAGUGCGGAAGUAAAGAAAGAGAGAGAGAGAGAGAGGAAGUGCGGAAAGAAGACUCGGGCGAGGAAAGGAAACGCAGCUGCUGUUGCCGAUCAUUUGACGCAUGCAUGUAAAAAAGAGGAAAGGAGAGAGAGAGAGAAAAAGGAAAUUUAGAAGUGCCGUGAUUUCAGAGUCUCGACGAAAGAAAGAACGAUAAAAAAGGUAAAAUGACGAAGUGAAAAGGAAACCGAAACGAAUGCGAUCAUGUCCUGAUAGGAUAGGAGAGCAACAUUUCGUCGUAUUUUAUGUCAAGGGGAAGAGAAAUCGUCUUAUAUCUUCCUACGAUAGCGUAGAAUGGAUACACAAGUAGAAAUGUCUCGCAACAAUGGACCUGGUCUUUAUGAGUUCCUUAUGGAAGCCGAAUUGCAGCAAUAUUAUCCUGGAAUUCGAGGUGACCUGAAGGUGCAAACAACAGCCCAGCUGAAGUAUGUGACGGAAGAGGAUCUAAACGCGAUAGGGAUGAGCAAACCAGAGAUGCGCCGUCUGAAGAAAUACUUCCAGAAGCACUUCCCGCAGAACUACCUCUCCAAGUUCAAGAAGAUGCUGCUACCGAAGCGCGAGGAGCAGACCCCGGGCGUCCUGAACAUGCUGCCGGAAGAGAGGCAGGACAGACCGUCGAUCCGCGUGCCCAACAAGCACAUGAUUCCCGCGGACGCGAUCAUCGUGAACAAGGAGUUGGGGACCGGGGAGUUCGGGGUCGUCCAGCAGGGCGUGUGGACCAACGACGGCGAGAGGAUUCAGGUCGCCAUCAAGUGCCUGUCCCGCGAGAGGAUGCAGAACAACCCCAUAGAGUUUCUGAAGGAGGCCGCGAUCAUGCACGCGAUUGAUCACGAGCACAUCGUGCGACUCUACGGCGUCGUCCUCGACACGAACUCGCUGAUGCUCGUCACGGAGCUCGCGCCUUUGCGCUCGUUGCUCGAGUGCCUGAAGGAGCCCAGUCUGCGUUCAAGCUUCCCGGUCCUGUCGCUGUGCGACUUUGCCGUGCAGAUCGCCGACGGGAUGCAGUACCUGGAAGCGAAGAGACUGAUUCAUCGCGACCUGGCGGCCCGGAACAUCCUCGUAUUCUCGAAGAACAAGGUGAAGAUCUCGGACUUCGGGCUGUCGCGCGCUCUGGGAGUCGGCAAGGAUUACUACCAGACGAAUUUCAAUGUCAACCUGAAGCUGCCCAUCGCUUGGUGCGCGCCCGAGUGCAUAUCCUACCUCAAGUUCACGUCGGCGAGCGACGUCUGGGCGUACGGGGUGACUCUGUGGGAGAUCUUCAGCUACGGCUUUCAACCCUGGGCCGCGUUGACCGGCCAUCAGAUCCUCGAGGCAAUAGACGAGCCUAAUUUUCAGAGGCUCGAGCAACCGGAGUGCUGCCCGAAGGACUAUUUCUCUCUCAUGCAGCAGUGUUGGCAACACGAGUCCCAGAAGAGACCCAAGUUCUCCGAGCUGAUUAAUCUGUUGCCCGAUUUGAAGCCGGAGCAAGUUCAGGCGGUCCAAGACAGCACCGAGCCGAAUCAGCUGGUCUACCGUCAGAGCGAUAUAAUCACGGUCCUGGACAAGGGCAACGGCAACGCUCUGUGGAAGGGCGUCCUGAACAACGGUAAGACCGGUCUCUUCAAUCCGGCGCACACGAUCGCGUAUCUCGGCUCGAAUCUGCCCAGCAACAAGCUUGGCGAGUUCACGCGAGGAGAUGGCAAGAAUGCCUUCUCGUCACAGCGUCGGAAGAUUCGCACGGAUAUGAUAUCCUCGCCGCAGGGCGAUCUCAAGCAUACCGGUCACGUGGGCCUCGACGGCGCGUACUUCGGCGACAUCAGCUUCCUCGGCGACAAGUACCCGCACUUGCCCCGCCAAGUCGUGACGCCGUACAAGCCGCAAGAGGACGCGAUCGAUAAUUCGCAGAGUCUGAAUCAGGACGCGAGGAGCGUCGACACGAACAGAGAAUCGACCAGGGAUAGCAGAAGUAUACAACAGGAAACUCAGAGCAAACAUGAGAGCUUAUGGUCUGAUACGAGUUCGGAGAUAUGUCCAGUGAAUGCAGAAAGUAAUGCGAAGAAACAAUCUGUGUCUAACGUAGGCAGCAACACUGAUACUCUCGAAGCUGAUCACGAGUAUCACGAAAUUAGCGAUGAAGAGAACCAAGAAAGUCCAUUAAGAUUUGAUAAGGCGUUGAAUUUCGAUUUUGGUCCGAGCCUUUUGGCAGAAAUGGAUCAAAUGUUCCGAUCGUUAGGUUCUUCUCCUCCGCCUCCACCACCGGGUCAUCCUUUAUCGAGUGAACACGAAUCGAGCAACGUGAGAAACGAAUUGCGGGAAAUUCAAGCGAAGCAAUGCAGCAAGAAGAAACAAGCCACCGUGAAACCUAUCUCAGCUGCCGAUCAGAAAACUCUCUACUCAGCCAUUGCUAUGGCACAGGAAUUGACAGCACGUUCCAUGACAGAUCUUGAACAUCCACCGGAGUCUCCCCAUACACCUGCCAGUCCUUCAAGACGCAGAAAAUUCUCUUUUAAGUUGCCACAUCAAUACAGUCCCAAACCAGAUAGACGACAUUUUUCGGAAGAAGCUGCCAGUAUACCUGAUAUACAGUGGCUGUGCUCGAGCCUGCAAUCGCUCUCGUCGACGGUGUCGAGCAUAGAGUCCCUCGGCGCGCCGUCGACCUUGAAACUGCCCCUGUGGGACAAAGCGUCGGCGGAAUUCUGCUUCGCGAAGUCGCGGGAGCUCUUGACGAAGCCGAGCGCCUGGACCUCGUACAUGGACAUCGAUCUGGACGCGCAUCUACUGGACAAUCACCAGGCGAGGCAGAGCCUGGUGAAGUCCACCGAGUUCCUGAGAAGCGAGAGCAAGAAGAACCAUUUGAAUUACGAGAACGAGGCCGCCGAAGCCGCCAGGUCUAAGAACCCUCGACCCCAUCAGAACGGCAAGAUCUUCAACAUGGACAACACCAUGUACGACCUACCCAACGAGGUGAAAAGAGUCUCCGCCAACUACGUCGAGCGUUACUUCGAGCUGCCCAAGUACUGCGACGACGAGGCCGUGCUGGGUGAGAAGGUGCACUUCGGGGAGGAGCUCAAUAACUUGGAACAACCCAAUAGCAGGUAUUACAUGAACCCUCUGGAGCAGAACUCCUCGGUGGGCGGUAGAGUGAAUCAGGCGAGCCUGCAUCAGAGUAAGCUAAACAAUUGCGAGCAGCAACAGGCGAAGAACAACAACUCGUGGCCCGACGAGAACUUCGACAUGUUGAAGGAGAAGAUGGCGAAUCUGGAGUCUCCCCGUAACAAACCCAACAAGUUCGACAAAGCGAACUUUGAUCUCGGUACCAGGCCCAAGAUCCCGGUGACCUUCGCCGAGUCCACGAAGCUGAACAUCACCGAGUUCAAGAAGCUCGACUUUGCCAAGGUUAAGAGCGCGAAGAAGCCCUUCGUGCCUAGAAACGCGAGUCAGGACGCGGCCACGUACGGUUCCUCGGACAACAUUAAGAAACCGGACGGCCUGGACAGUCCGAGGGGCAACGUGGAGGGGAUGAAGAUCAACAUACAGAGCUUCCGCAAGCUCGAGCAGAACCAGAACGGCCACGAGGGCUUCCCGUUCGUCAUCUCGAACAAUCCUCUGUUCAUCGCGGAGUCGGAGAAGAAGGAGUCCCCGAUCUACAGCAGCUCCGAGAGUCUGCGAGUGAACUUCCAGCGUCUGCGACGGAAAUCCGACGCGGAGGCGAGUCAGGUGGAGCUAAACAGCAAGCUCCUCGCGGAGAAGUAUCAGCGCGAGGUCCUCGGCCUGGAGAGCGUGAAGAAUUACCUGGACUUCAAGAAGGUCCAAAGCCUGAACUUGGGUCUGGGCAAGCUGACGCAGAACAUGAUGCAGCUCGGGAAGAACGCGCAGAACUCGCGGAACCUGGAGACCGCCGCGUCCAGGUCGCUGGUAUCCAACAUGAGGAACCUGGAUCUGUCGGCCCACUCGUCCCUGCGCAGCUUGAACAUCCCGAUUCAGAAGCCGAAGCACCUGGACCUGAACAUACCCCUGCAGAAGCAGUGCUGCAACGUGCAGCUGCAGAAGCUAAACCCGCCGACGAGUCCCACCGUUCACCAGCACAUCCUGGAGCCGCCCAAGUUGUACCAGAACGAGCCCGCGCCCAGGAAGGAGCUGCCCAAGUUGGACAUGCUCCCGGAGAAGCUCUGCAGCGCUGUGAACGCCUACCGGCACCGCACGUCCUCGCUGUCGGAGAACAGCAGGAAGCCGGUGAAGAACAUCCGCAGGUCCUUCCACUCCCGGAACGACUCUAGCGAGGACUCGGACUCGGUCUCCCACUCGGAGAUGGACAUCCGGAGCCGGCUGCGUUACAAGCGCCGGCACAAGAGGGGCGUGCCGCACAACCUGCGCUUGAACCUCAAGUACAAGGCCCCGUUUCUCCACCCGGACUCCGCGAAGGGUCUCUCCACGGUCGAGCUCUGCGGGAAGUCGCCGCCGCCCUCGACGAGCUUUCUCAACUCGCUCUCGCCGCCCUUCUCCUCCAAGAACAAUCUGCUCUCCUGGCCGGAAAGCGCGCCGAGCUCGAGUCUCACGUUCACCAGCAACUCCGACUUCGACUCGGACACCAGCUCCGAGUAUCCGGAGUUCACGAGCGACGCCACCCUGUCGGAGGAAGCUAAGGAGGUGUACAACAGCCUGGUGGAGACGCCGACCAUGGAGAGUCCCGGUGACACCAACCCUUUGCGCAUGCUGCGCUCCGGGUUGCCGAUAGUGAGGCCCAGGGUUCGCGGGAACAAGCACGCCACCUUGGCGCACCCGACGUCGUCGUCGUCGUCGUCGUCGGAGAACGCGUCUAGCGAGCCGGUCUUCCACAUCGAGAUGCACCACAGCGGCGCCAGGACUCUGCCCAAGGUCCGUGCCUCGCCUCCUCUCCACGCGAUCCUGCCCCUGCCGCAGUCGCGCAUCCUCGAGCGACACCACUCCAGCCUGGAGAUCGAGAACAAUCAAAAUCAGAGCAACGUCGACGAGAACCCAAUCCCGCUGCCUUGGAGGGAUCGCUCCAAGACGCUGCAGCCCAAGGCCAGCCUGCCUCGACACCAGCGCAAGCACCCGCUGAUCAUUCCCGGAGGCGGGGUCACCAGGACCCUGGCAAAGAUGGCGGUGAACGCGACCUCCGCCGCGGAGGACCAGGUGGACGGCCACUUCGCAAUGCGGAGCGCCAACUCGCCGAUCGCCGGGACCUCGUCGCAGGACAAUUACUCCCUGGAAGGCCCCAUUAACGGCCCAGAGGAAUUCGAGCAACGUAUAGACUUUGAGCUGGCGGCGCUGGAUUCUUUACCCAUCGAAGAAACUAGAUUUCGACGAUGUAGCGCGAUUUCGGAGGAUCUCUUGGAAUUCUCGGACAAUUUAAUCGACUGCGACGAUGAAUCGGCGGAUUUGCAACAAGUUCAAAAUGUCCCGAGCGAGGCGACGAGCAACAACGACGAACAACGGACGAGCAAUCAUUUACUGAUCGACGGUUUGCGUAAAAAGGUCGGCAUCGAGUCGGCGAAAUUCGCGAAGGGUUCCAAGACCCAGGAAAACGUAGAAACGGAUUUAAAUCGUAAUCCAACGUCGACUAAUUCCGCGACAUUGAAGGAUUGGGACAAAGUGGAUCCCCUGAUAGGCAGAACGCAGUUUUCACCCGCGGCGAAGCUUCCCGGAAUGAACUACAAUACGUCGCAAACGAAUCACGCGUACGCGGAGGAGAUCUCCACGUCCAAGUUCGCGACAGUCCAGUGCGAGAAACCGCUGAUAUGCAUUAGCUCGAACGAUGAUUUCUCGAGCGCCCUCCCGAACGUCUACCUCCUGUCGAACGACGAGUCAUCGAGCGAUCUGUCGCGACAGUCGGACCACGUCUCUUGCGAGGACCUCCUGGAGUUCGCUUGCGACGGGCCGAACACGUGGAGAACCCGCGGGCCUCGCAACGGGAAGAAGUCCGACGAGGUCAGAAUCAUGCUGAAGGUGCUACAGGAUCAGUCGACCCCGGAGUCCUGCGUCGCCGCGCUAAACGUCACCAAAAAUUGGGACGUCCUGGUGGCGAUCAAGUUGGUGAAACUUCAGGGUCUUCUCAAGAACGAGAAUAACUUCGUCAGCUUCGAGGACUGCAAGAUGAUGCUGAACCAGUGCGGCGGUGACAUCGUCAAAGCGGCCGCGCUUUUGCGCAGCACCGACGACACCACCGCGGUUUAGGCUGAUUUCGCGAUCACAAUUGCGAAGAGCAAUUAUUAUUUAUACAGGGCGGGGAUAAAGUAUGGAAAAUCUCGAAAAUAUAAGUUUUACAAACGUUGUAGGCCUUAAAAAACCUAUUUCAAGGUCAAUCUUAUCAGUUUGACCUUGAAUGACAUUGUCAAAGUCAAGGUAAGGUUCUCUUGAAUUUUUUCAAUGGAUUCUUCUAUUUUUAUUACAUACUAUUGCAGCUUAUCUCGAGGGCUUUCCAA